AUGGCUACUUCAGAGACGCCCAUGACUUGGGAGGUUCUCAAAGAAGUACUCCAAACAAACGACAUAGCCAAGCUGUACCGUUCGCCAGAGUCUUUGGAGAAGUAUCGAAGACGGAAACAGCAGCUGGCCGAGGCCAACGUGUCUGUUCACUACAAUCUAUUGGUAAACCAGUUACACUGGGCAGAGCCAAGUCCUGGUGGUGAACUUAAGGGAGUGAAGUUGGAUGUGAAGGCCACAGAUCCAAGGUUAUUCGCAAAUGAAGACGAUAUCUUGAUACUAGAGAACGAGUUCCCUUACAAUUUUGAAAAGGGAAUGAAGCACCUGGUGGUUUGGACGAAAAACUUCAUAGAGCCGGACCCACACUCGGCCUUGGGAGACAUAUCACCAGAGACAAGAUCCAUAAUUGGGCUGUACGUGAAAAAGACAUUCGUGGAUUGGUUGGGAUAUCCCCAGGAAAACAUAUUAUGGUUCAGAAACUGGUCUGCGUUGCAAUCGGUAAAGUCUAUUGCUCAUAUCCAUGUAGUGAUCAAAGACUUUGACGAGUCAGAUCUGGAAAAGAUCGUGGGUACCGGAGGCCAGCCUCUCAACUAUGAAGAGGAUUUCACAUCUCCUAGGCUAUGA